AUGACCUCAAAAAAGAUGCUUUUUCAAACUCUUCUUCUACUUUUUCAAAUUCAGAAUUUAGUAUUUAUUGUAAAGUGCAAUGAGGAAGACAUUGAGAACCUUUUGAGAAGAACUCUACACUGUAUUGACUGUAUUAGAAGAGAAAGAGUGGGAGAUGAUUUUGAACAGGGGAGACUUUAUCGUGAGCUUGAUCAUCACACAAGGACAUUUUCAGAACUUCUCAUGGAAUCCCGGACUGGUAAUGACCCAACCCAAGGACAAUAUUUAGUUAUGAUGGAGACAUUAUAUGGAUAUUUGCACACCAUUCUGACAGAAUAUGAGGCAACUCAGAGAUACAGUGUUACUGCUAACAGUCGAAUGAUGCCACCUACUAUUGUGACUAACUUGCCUGGCCGUCCACGUUAUAGCAUUACAAAUGAGCAAAUUUCACACUGCUUAUCAAUGGGAAUGAACUGGAGAACGAUUGCAAAUUGCUUUGGGAUCAGCCGCCGCACCCUGUACAGACACAGACAACACCUUGGAAUCCAGAGUUUACAGUACAAUGGUUUGACAAAUCAAGAGUUGAACCAAAUAGUGACUGAGGUACUUCAAAGGACACCGAAUGCUGGAGAGGCCUAUAUAACCGGAAGUCUCAGAUCAAGGGGAUUAAGGAUCCAAAGGUGGCGUAUAAGACAGAGUCUACACGAGGUUGACCCUGUAGGGAGGUCCAUUCGUAGGAGGCAUGCUAUCCGCAGACGCAUUUAUGAUGUACAGACUUCUAAUGAGUUGUGGCAUUUCGACAGCAACCACAAGUUGGUUCGAUGGAGAAUAGUUUUCCAUGGCUGUGUAGAUGGAUUUAGUCGUUCUAUCAUUUAUCUUACCUGUCUGGAUAACAACAGAGCAUCAAGUGUGUUGUCAUUGUUUGUGAGUGGAGUAGGUAAUUUUGGAUUACCAUCUAGAGUAAGAUGUGAUCAUGGUAUGGAGAACAUAAUGGUUGCUCGUUUCAUGCUUGAAAGAAGGGGACUUAAUAGACAAAGCGUAGUUGCAGGAUCCUCUGUUCACAACCAACGCAUUGAAAGGCUAUGGGCUGAACUUAAUAGAGUAGUAAGUAGACAUUUUAUCAGUCUUUUCAAUUAUAUGGAGUCUGUCCGUAUACUAGAUUCUCUAGAUGAGUAUCAUUUGUUUUGUCUACAUUAUGUUUUUAUGCCUAGAAUUAGAACAGCAACAACAGAGUUCAUCAAUCAGUGGAACCACCAUGGACUCUCCACACGGGGAGGUCGGACUCCACUACAGCUCUGGCAUGCAGGUGUAAUUAAUUAUAUGGGACAAGGAAAUACAGCUGUGGAUCCCAUUUUUUAUACCAAUGACUAUUAUGGGAUAGAUGAAGAAGGACCUCUACCCGAAGUCCAAACUAAUAAUAAUGUCAUAAUACCUGCUAUUAACACUGUUAAUGAAACGAUGGCUCAAGCAAUACAGCAACAGUUUGAUCCACUACAUAAUGAUGGAAACUUUGGGAUCAAUAUUUUUUUAUCUCUCUUGCAUUUUGUCCAGCAACACCAUACAUGA